AUGGGCUUGAGGGACGAUUUAAAGCCUUUCGGGGUAAUCUCUUUCGGACAGAGGUUCCUUGGCCUUGCGACUGGAGAGACUCGGGUUGUGUCCCUGGGACAUCGCACCAUUCCCAGCGCCAUGGACAGAGGCAGCUCCUCUGCAGAGACCCACAGGGAGGAUGCCCAGGAAUCACAGGAGAAACAUGAGGCCUUCGAUGAUAUUUCCAAAUACUUUUCUAAGAAACAAUGGGCAAAGCUGGGAGACUUACAGAAAAGAACCUAUUUGUACAUGAAGAGAAAGUAUGACCACAUGACUCGUCUAGGUCUCAGUACCAACCGCCCAUAUUUCAUGCGUUCUCAGAAUCAGACUACAAAUGCUCCUGAGAGUGAUGCUCAUGAAGAUCAGAGUCCUGGGAAUCAGGAUGAAAAUCCUCAGGCGGCUUCCGAUGUGGAGUGGACAGAACACGAGAAGGCGAGUGUCUCCCAAAUGACAAGGACCACAAGGUUUUGGCCCUCCGUGGAUGUGAACAUGGAGAUGCCCAUGGAGCCGGCAAGGGAAGAAAAUGAUACGAUGCCACUACCGGUGACGCCUGCCUCGGAGCCGGCUCCGGAAAAGCUGUGUACCCCAGGAGAAGUGAGUUCCUCUGACCAAAUCUUUUCCACCACAGGACCCAGCAAAGUGAAGCGUAGUGCCUGGGCCCACAGGCUGCGGGAAAGAAAGAACCGAAUCGUAUAUGAAGAGAUUAGUGACCCCGAGGAAGAGGACUAA